GCCAUGGGGUUCUACUGAGCGUAGCGUGCAGUUUCCCAAUUAACUUGGCUUACGAGUACUUGUCGGAUCUAAGAAGCCGGAACUUGUUCAUGGUUCGUAAUUAAUGCGCGCCGCCGCCUCAAAAGCAUUCCAAAAAGAUCACCGAUGCAUUAAGCUCUAUAAGUGGCUGUCUAGGUGCAGCUAUGGUAUCCAAUGGAUGGGUUCUUAGAGGGAGAAGUGAAGGGUAACGCGAGAGUCUCGAGAUAGAAAUAGAACAAAUAAAAAUAAUAUAUAUAGUAGUCUUGUAGAGGUUCCUAUAGGAUCAUGGCAUUUCGAUUUUAGAUAGAAACUUUGAGAAAAUAGAACCCAUUCAUACCAGGAUUUUUUAUCGAACUAUAAGCUAAUUGAAGCAACCUCCCAUACACCCACACGCUGCCCACGUCAGGCCCUACGACCAUCGUAAAAGCAACUAAAAUGGAUGAAACACCGCAGGAGGUGGUUAAAGUGAAGGUGCGUUCCUCCACAUCGCUAGUGCGGCAGGCGCGUCGCCGCAUCCGCACACGGGAGCAUCCCAGCUUGGAGUUGUGCAACUUGGAGCAGGAAAUGACCCAAGCCUCAUUCCCACCGCCAUCAUCGCCAACUAAGAAAGCGAACUCCAUGCAGAUAUCGACCGAAGAUAAUAUGGAUUGCAGCCUUGUGCCUCUGUCGCGGAGACCGCGUGUUGCCUAUUCCGAUUACGAGGACGAUUCGCCGCGAGCCGAGAUCCAAAUCAAAAUGGAAACGACCACCACGCGAACUGUGUGCCGGCCCAAGAAGCGGACUGGCCAGGCCACCAUGGAGAUGAACAGUUCGUUACCCAUGCGGGCCCUGCCCAUGCCCCAGCUGCAGCAAAGCCUGGAGGCCCUCGGCCACACCAUGAGCCAUACCAAGCUGCCCAGACUGCACCUCGGCAGCGAUCGGCUGCAGUUCGAGCGCGAUGUCAUUGAAAUGGACAACGAAUCGAGUGAGCUGGAAUGUAGCAAGGAAAAUAUGAUGAGGAGGUCCGCGAAGAUCCUCGAACGCACGUCCAGUCCGAAUAGUGGAGAGUUCCCGCAGGUCGAGAACAGCGACGUAGAAGCUGAGAGCGAUCAGCGGCCUGUCACGAAGCUGCCUCUUGUGGCCAAACAGAGCGGCAGCAGGAUCAGUCGCUGCCUGGUGAUGCUCGAGCAGGACGAGGAUGGAAAAAUGUACAUCAAGGAGCCGCCUGCCAAGGACGACAGCCACUCGCUUCCCAAUUCCCGCCGCGGAGGCACCUUCAAGAGAUCCAACUCGAAUAGUUCAAAUAGCAAGGGAGGCGCGAAAUUGCGCCAGCAAUCGAAUGCAUCCAGUGCUAGCAGCCACGACGAAAAGAUGCAGCAGAUGGUGGGGAAGAGGCCAGUCGAGGAUCAGCAGAAGCGGGAGAUCUUCAUCAGCAUCGAGACGGAGACAUAUGCCCACGGCCGUUCCCCAAUUUCACCCGACUCCCUGCGCCACAUGGUGAGCAAUUCACAGACGCCCAUCGACGUGCUGCACAUCGAGAAUGGCAACGAGCCGGAGCACGCUCGGUUCAGAAAGAUCAGCGAUACAGAGGACGCCUAUGUCGACGCCCAGGGCGGGCCUGAGGAUCGGGCCAGCCAGUUGGCUGGCAAUGCCAACAGACUGGCCCUAUUAUCGAGCGACUCCGUCCAGGUCAAUAACGCUAAAAAUCUGAUCCAGCAAAUGCAGAGCGAGUUUCGGCAACUGGGCGAGGAUGCCGGCGCCUCAAUCCGUACCCUGUUCAUCAGAAGACCCGAAGAGCAGGGUACAGCAAGGGAAUUGGAUCCGGAGCCAGUGCAACAGCUUCAGCAGCAGGAGCAGCAUCAGUUGAAGGCCAGCUCCCCCUUGACACCCUCAGCAUCAGCGGAUUCCGACGAGCUAAGCAGUCUCGAUGGUUAUACCAUGUCCUCGUCCCACUCGUCUCGUCGCGGCGCUAGCUCCAAGCUAAGCUCCGACUCUGCCUAUGGCAGCACCAACUCCCCCUACAGCCUGUCGCGACAGCGGUCCGGUGACCUACAACCGGGUACACCACGCAACCAGAAUCUGCUGCGUCCGCACACGGCCAGUGCCAAGCUGCCGAGCGCCAUGACUGAUGUCUCGACCCAGGCGCACACUGCCUAUGGCACUCUCAAGGCACGUCAGAGGCUUUAUGGCGGCGGCGGCGGCGCUAUCAAUAGCAUUGGCAAUGGCAAUACCGACGGAGCAGAAUCCUCCAGUGGAUCGGAGCACUCUCUGACAAUGUCCACGCAGCAGCCGCAGGAACAACAGAAGCACAAUAGACCAGACAACAACUACAACUACCAGCAGCAGCAACAGCAGGUGCAAUCCCAGCCAGUAUAUAACAACAACAACAACAAUGGGCAGGCGUCGCUGACUCCAACCAAAUCGCAGCAUUCCCUGCUGAGCUGUAACUCCGCGUCCAGCCUAAGUUCGAGUAUGAAUAUGUCCAAGUUCUGCCACGAGUGUGGCGGCAGGUUCAUCAUCGAGCACGCCAAGUUCUGCAUGGAGUGCGGCGUGCGGCGAAUGAUACUCUAAUCUCGGGUCUUAACCCCACGUAGAUAUUGUUGUACCCCAUCCCCCACUCACAAAAUCACAUCGCAACACACUCACCCUGAUGAUGGUGACGAAGAGCGUCGCCUCCUGGGGUCGGGGUCUUUUAUAAGUGUAUACCAAAUGUAGUUACUCACACGCAAUCGAGGCAGCUAAGGAGAGCGUUAGAUAUGUCCUACACACAGAACAAUAAUAAUAUUUAAUAUAUAUAUUUUAUUAUAAACCAAAAAUGCGAACACAAAUUUUUAUAUCGAACGAACGGAGACAGUCAUUGCAGAAGAAGUUCAUUAAAUUGAGGUUUCUCUAAUUAA